ACUAGCUCCUAUUUAGCUGUCGUGUCAGACUCGACUCCAGCCUGUACCGUAAACUCGUAGUCGGUAGUAGUGUCUGUCUGAGAGUGUACAACGCAUCACCUACGAUUUGAUGUCUCCACCGAAACCCGUCUUAGACAUGGGACCAGAAUUCUAUAAGAGACUUGCAGCUAGAAUGGACAUACCAGGAUGUGUGUGUGGGCGGUCAGUCGGCUACUCUGCUUCCUUUGGAAGUUUGAGGUCAAAUCCGGGAUUUCCUGCAGAAGGAGAAGAAAGCAACUCUUCUUUGUCUGCUAGUCUCUUAACAAAAAAUAAACCAUUUCCAAUUAGAGGGGAAAGAGCCAACUUUGUCAAUACUCCUCAUGUUAUUGUGAUGGUGGGUUUACCUGCAAGAGGGAAGACCUACAUGGCCAAAAAACUUACUAGAUAUCUCAACUGGAUUGGAAUUAAAACAAAAGUUUUCAACCUAGGUGAAUAUCGCCGACGGGCAACGCAAAAGUAUAAAAAUCACAAUUUUUUCCGUAGUGACAAUGAGGAAGCCAUGGCCUUGAGGAAUCGUUGUGCUAUGGAUGCCUUAGAUGAUGUAUGUGAUUGGCUUGAUAAUGGUGGAGAAGUUGCUGUAUUUGAUGCCACAAAUACAACUAUGAUGCGCCGUCGAAUGAUAUUUGAUAUUAUUGUUCAAAAAAUGAACUAUAAGUUGUUCUAUGUAGAGUCAAUAUGUGAUGACCCGUCAAUUGUAGAGUCAAACAUCCGUGAAGUGAAGAUCAAUAGCCCAGAUUAUCAAGGGAUGACAGCCGAAGAAGCUCUAGAGGACUUCUUGCAUAGGCUCGAACAUUAUGUGAAACAGUAUCAACCUCUGGAUGAAGAAAAGGAAGAUCACCUCUCCUUCAUGAAAGUUUACAAUACAGGUCAGAAAGUGGUUGUCCACAAACACGAAGGUCAUAUUCAAGCGAGAAUAGUUUAUUACAUAAUGAACACUCAUGUUACUCCAAGGACAAUCUACCUCACUAGGCAUGGAGAAAGUCUGCACAAUCAACAAGGCAGGAUAGGUGGAGAUUCUGAUCUGAGUGAAAGUGGGAAAAAAUUUGGAAUGGCCUUGAGUCAUUAUAUCCAGGAACAAAAAAUUCCCAAGCUCCGAGUGUGGACUUCCUGGAUGAAGCGAACUAUACAAACUGCAGAAGGUAUUGAUGCACCUCAAGAAAGAUGGAAGGCACUUAAUGAAAUAGACGCUGGUAUUUGUGAGGAAAUGACUUAUGCUGAGAUCAAAGGAAAAUACCCACAGGAUUUUGCAGCUCGUGAUCAGAAUAAAUUUAGUUACCGGUAUCCACGUGGGGAGAGCUAUGAAGAUUUAGUUGCUAGGUUGGAACCGGUUAUAAUGGAACUUGAACGUCAGGGAAAUGUUCUCCUCAUUGCUCAUCAGGCUGUCUUGCGUUGCCUAUUGGCAUAUUUUCUGGAUAAAAGCUCAGAUGAGUUGCCCUACAUUGAAGUUCCCCUUCACACUGUGAUGAAGUUAACCCCUGUAGCUUAUGGUUGUCAGAUGGAGCACAUUCCGCUUCACAUCCCAUCCGUCAAUACGCACCGACCCAAGCCAGUAGUGCCCGGGUCUUUGGAUUCAUCUGUAUGUUGUUUUGACAUGGAAGACAUGGAUUCCUGAUGAUAAAAUUUUUUUAGGAGUUUAUCAACUUCAAGUUUAAGGUUCAGGAAUUAACAUAUCCUCCUAUAUCCUUGUCAAGUGAAGGACUGUUGCAGAGUUUGUGAUGUCAUCUUUGUCAGCUGCACUGCAAUUCAUGAUGGCCACUUGGCAGGAAGAUUGCAGGUUAUAAUCUUGUGCUGAAUUCCAUGUAAUAUCUAUCCCCUCCCAAACAAAUUCCAGAGCUUAUACAUUAUAUAUGAUGUUAAA